AGUUUAGGUCGUGUACGCCAUUCAGGGUAGAUCGGCGUUGGUAGCCCGUGAGACAGGAUCAAUCAACAUCUAAGAGAGGUGACAUCGACUGAUCCCACGAAAAACUUUUAGUGGAAAUACAUGGAAAGUGUACCACCAUGGUACAGUAUCAGUGCAUCCUUAUCACUAUCUCUCACUUGGGCAAUCUAUUUUAGUCAAAGAACGGGCGCUAGACAGUGACUGCUUUUACUUGGCGCUCGAGUGUCUUGAAAAGAUUUACACAAAUGGUAAACAUUUAAGUAUAUUCAAAAGAUUAUAGUUAUAUAGAAAGGAACAGUGCUCUUGAAAGAUGUGUAUCAUGUGCAAAACGGAACGGGUAUCAGGCUGACUACAAUGGCAGUUCACGAGCCUGUUCAGUGUUAAACGAGAUGUCAACGGUUUUUGUUCAUUCCGUGUUUACGACACACUAGUUGAGUCCGUGCAAGUCGGUGGCAUAAAACGUGAAUCAAAAAAGGAACGUGAAGCAAACAUAAUCAUCUAAGUCACUCAGGAAACAAAAAUGGCAAAAACUCCGCGGAUUAAUAAAAAUGGGGUGCAAGUGGAUAAUGUUGCGUACUACCACACCUAUAAGUACAACUCGCUACAACGACUUAACAAAACUAAAAACAUGCACGGAGUCAAACGCGUCAUCGCAUUUUGCAUAUUAACUGCUGUCCUACCAGCCUCACUCAUCAUCCUCCCGUUGUACCUGCGGCAUACUGUAUUCGCAGACGUGGUAUAUCCAAUAGCUGAGUCCGACAUAAUCGAGAUCCGCGAUGGUAUUUCCACGGUAUUCUGCCAGCGGCAUAGUCUACAAAUGAACACCAGCUUCAAUGCAUUCCAGCUCAACCAGAAACCUGAAAUCUCCCAGAAUCGUAAACAUAUUCGUCUGAAGAAGUCUAUGUCCUUGCCAGACGAUACCCUAGAAUAUUGGGGCUUCUACCUCCUGAAGGGAGCAACUGUAGCGUUGAAGGUAUGCUCACGGUACGACGGUUCCAGGAUACUGGUAGUUAAGGGAGAGCGAAAUCUUAAAACGUGCGGUUUGCUGGACCAUAAUAAGAAAAAAAUGGGUGCACAUUUCAACACCGAGCACGUCCAGGUGAAGGUGACUUUUGAAUCUGCGGCUGAGGUUGUUGAUUCGUCAGGAAUCACGAACAACAAGUCUGAAAAAUAUGAAUCACCCGAUGAAGGAAAUCAUGGAGGAGAAGAUCUGACUGAAGAAGAUAUGACUGCUGCUGAGAGCGUGGAUCCAUACGCUGGGACGAAUGUAAAGUCUAAACCGACGAAACAAACGAAGCAUACUUUAGAAACAAUUAACUCUGUAAACACUAGACAGCAGAAAUCUGGCAUCAACAAUACAAGAAAUAGUGGCCAAGAGGCAGUGGUUAAGUCUCACACUACACGUAAGCAUACUCAGGCAUCCAGUACUUCAGAGAUACCAAAUACCUUACUACACUCCAAAGAGAUUCCUAAUAAUAAUCACAAACACAACCACAACUAUAAAGAUUUUGUGGUGGAUGAGUCUGCAGAAAGUGAGGAUGAUCAGCGUCAGCGGAGAAGGCGCCAUCAUGGUAAGCACGGUCAUCGCGAUAAGGUUGACAAACAGAAAGCUGAUAUGCAAAAAUCGCUGAGUGGGGUAGACAUAGCAAUGGAUACCUUCGGCACUAGGGCUCGACGUGAUACCAUUUACGAUCGUAAAAUAAACCAUGGCGGUAAUGCGAUGAACUUCUCCAAUAACAACUCUGAUUCAGAGUCCAGUUUCGAGAACAGUUUACUUGAAUGUUAUGAUGGUGAAAUUCUCGUGGCGCAAGGCUUUCCACCGAGCCACUUAUGUAAAGACGUGCAAUAUCUGGAAAGUGGUAUUCACAUGGUCACGAAGCACGAGGUUGCCUCGGAUGGAUAUUACUACUACAUAUUCUAUAGUGACAACGAUUACGUGCAGAAUGACAUUCACGCUGUAUUCGACAUAUACAAGCCAACCUUUCAGUACUCCAACAUCUCGGAAUCCAAAGGUUGCGUGAAUAGUACAAAUUGUUCGUUUCCCAUCAGCUUCUGGUCUGAUGAGCGGGUGAUAGUGGAAGUGCCCACAAGAGACGGAAUAGAGCACGAGGAAGAUGACAUAACGUUUCUGAUAUCGACAUGUCAACCGCGAAUGGCCAUCUACAUUAUUUUCCCGAUAUCCGUUCUGUUUCUUGUGUUGACGUGUGCUUUUCUUUAAGAUGUAGGCUGCAUUGUGCACAUUGCACUUGGUUUUUAUUGUUUUACAUUCAAUAGUUUUAUAGACGUUUUUAUAUUUUUAGUUAUGCAGUUAUUUUGUGUUUUGAUAAAGUUGUAGAUUUUAUUUUAUACCUACAAUUGUUUCAUAUCUAUGAUUACAACGAAGUGUUUUCCGGCUUGAGGUAGCCUCACAUUUCAGGAAUGUCGUCCGCGGUAUUCAAUAUAUGGGAAUUAUAUUCAAAAGAGGUAAAAAACUAUACAGCGAUAGCUUCCUGAGCAAGAAAGAAUAGCUGAAAAAUACUGUGCUGAGUCAUAAGUACAUACAAUAAACAAUACAAAAACUUCGCUGGCUGAGGAUCUUUAAUUCAGUGAUGCUCAGAAUUUUGGGCGUUUUUUUCCUUAAUGUGAUUCCCACGAAAGCUUUUAAAUAUAUCUAUCAUCUGAGGAUAUUAAAAAGAAAAUUGGCGGUCAAUUUACUCCGUACGAAUUGAUCAAAGCGAAAAAAGAUGUAAUGCCCUGUAAUUUUACUUUGAUCAAGUCGUAGGUACGGAGUGAUUUUAACACCAAUAUCCAUUUUAAUACUUCAGCUGAUAGAUAUAUUUAAAAUCUUUCGACUAAGUACAAACUUGUACUUUGUUAUUUCUCUAUAGUUUAUAACUUUUUGUUCAAAAUUUCAGCUUCUCUUUCUCUGUGUUACAUUUUUUACCUUUUUUAAAUUCGUGGACAAGAUUCCCAAGGUGUAACAAAACACUAUAUGCCAUUUUAUAGAAAGCUCAACUGACAGGAGACCAAAUACUAAUGUCGAAUUCGUUUUUAAACCUGGGUCAGUGCCAACCCGAACCCUGAAUAAAAAAACAUUUUCAGUUCCAUCUGUCAUUGGAUAUGUUGGUGUGCGUAGCAUCGUGUUUGUUUUGAUUCGAAACAUAUGAUCCAGGACAUCCAGUGCACUGGCAGUGCGUUGGCCUAAUCAGAUCAUGAUAAAUAAAUAUGUUUAGUGCGUGAACUGAUUUUUGCGGAUAGUGGAAUUUGCUUUUGGGUGUAUAUAAAUAAGGGAACUGCUCCUGGAAUUCAUCUCAUGGCUCCGAUAUUCAUCCCAUCAAAAACAAAGCAAUGUAAAGGAAUUUGGAUUGUUUGUUAUUUUUGCGAUUUUUUCAGCAGUGAGCACGCAUGUUGACAAAAAAAAUCGACGAAAUUGGUGCUGUAUUUCUUUGUUUCCCGAUGAGAUGAAUAUAUGUUCAGUGAGAUGGAGAUCGGAACAGUUCCCCUAUUCAAUUAUAUUCAAUAAUCCCGUGCACAUUUUUAUACCGAGAAUUCCGUAUAGAAUUCAUGUCAAAGAGAUUUUCCAUUCUACAAAAAUUCAUCUAUUUCUGCUAAAGUUUUCGGAGAACACUCAGAAGCAUGUAAUAAAAAUUCUCCAGGAUUCGCUAAUUAUUUUUUCCUCGCUACCUCUCCUGAUGAAGGUAGCCUCAAAGCUCAGGAAAAUUUUCCACCAGAUUUUGGGCCCCGUGCAUUUUCAAUUUUCAAGAAUCUCCCGGAGGAAUUGCUCAAGGUACUUCCGGGGGGAAUUUAUGUACGAACCUUGCUGAGCAAUUCCUGAAGGAAACUUCGAGUUAGUUCCUGUAUUCCAGAAGGAUUUCCUGAAGGAAUUAUGUUGUAGGAAUUUUCAAAUUAAUUCCUGGAGCAACUUCCAGAAAAAAAAUCCUGGAACAGUCUUCAAAGAUCUUCCUAGAAGAAUUUCCAAAGAAAUUCAUCUCGAAAGGAUCCCUUGGAAAAAAAAAUUGGAGGAAUGCCUGAAAGAUAUCGCCAACAAUUCAAGAAAUAAUUACUGAAAGAAUUUCUGAAGUAAUUUCAGGCAGAAUUCCCGAAGAACAUUAUGAAACGCAUGUAAGAGUUUUUGUAAGAAUUUCAAAAGAAAGAAUUUCUGAAGUAAUUUCUGCAUAAGAAAUAAUUCUAUUCGGUAUUCCUCAAAUAUAUUUUUCUGACUAUUCUUAGCGGAUUUUGUGAACGGGUUUCAAGAGGAAUUUCCAAACUACACAAUUCCAUCCUCCGACCUAAUUUAGGACAGAAUCUGUGAGGAAAACCUGAAUGAACUUAUGAAUACAUAAAUUCCCUAACAUUUAUUUUUAAAAAAUGAAUCUAGCCAACAGUACCGGAUUAAUUUCAUUUAAAACUACAAUAACAAGUAUCACAAAAUUCCCGAAAAAAAAGAUUUUCAACGCGCAUUUCAUAAACAGACAGUUUCGUUUCUCCCUUCUGCUUGUUCAUUCCACCCAGUCCCACCCACCCACGUGGUUUUGACAGUUGAAAUACAGUUGUAUUGGUGAACCCGGUGCGAAACCGUGAAACAACACAGUGCGAACCCGACAGCUUUGGGGUUGGAACUAGUGCGAACCUAGUUCCAACCUGAGCGAAUAAAAAAACACUUUGACAGCACUUAGGUUGGAACUGGUUCCAACCUAGGUUGGAACUUUUUAAAAACGAAUUCGACAUAAUAUUUACAUUUUACAAGGAACAUUUGCGAAAAUGAAAUGAAAUGAUGAUGAUGAUGACGAAAUGAUGAUGGUUUACAUGCAAAUUUACCAAAACAAAGACCGAGCCGUCCACUCAAAAUUUCGAUCAGCUGUUCAAAUCUGUCUCAUAAAAUGGCUUAUUCAUUAUGCUCAGCAUCAUAGCAAUAUUCGAUUUAAUCUAUUCAAGACAAUAAAUUCGUGGAAAACUUUACGUAUCAAGUAAAAUCGCGGCGUGUUUUAUCCACGUUCGGUAAUAAGCUAUUUUACGCCAAAUAACAAGACACCCAACCCUAAUA